UACACAGAUACAUCUGUGGUUGAUCUAAUAAUUAAAUACUAACGGAGGGAAUAUCUGAACAGAUAACAAGAACUACAGGGAUGGGAAAACCAAGCAGAGUGAACCAAACUGCUAUUUCAGACUUCUUCCUUCUAGGACUCUCUGAGCAGCCAGGGGAGCAACCUUUCCUAUUUGGCGUUUUUCUGGGCGUGUACCUGUUCACCAUGACAGGGAACCUGCUCAUCAUCCUGGUCAUCAGCUCUGACCCACACCUUCAUACUCCCAUGUACUUCUUCCUGGCAAACUUAUCAUUAACUGAUGUCUGUUUCACCUCUGCUUCAAUACCCAAAAUGCUGGCCAACAUUCAUACCCAGAAUUGGACCAUCUCCCAUUCUGGUUGCCUUGCACAGCUGUAUCUCCUCCUUGUGUUUGGUGGCCUCGACAACUGCCUUCUGGCUGUGAUGGCAUAUGACCACUAUGUGGUCUACUGUCAGCUACUCCAUUACAGCACAGCUAUGAGUCCCCAACUUUGUGCACUAAUGCUGGGUGCUAACCAACUGCCCAUGUGCUGGGUGCUAACCAACUGCCCUGCCCUGGUGAACACACUGCCUCUGACCCGUGUGGCCUUCUGUGCCCACAAAGCCAUCCCCUGUGAUCCUAGUGCUCUACUGAAGCUUGCCUGCUCAGAUACCCACAUUAAUGAGCUGAUGAUCAUCACCAUGGGCCUGAUGUUCCUCACGGUUCCCCUCAUGCUGAUUGUCCUCUCCUAUGUCCACAUUUCCUGGGCUAUGUUUGGCAUCUCAUCUCCUGGAGGGUGCUAGAAAGCCUUCUCUACCUGUGGUUCUCACCUCACAGUGGUUCUGCUGUUCUAUGGAUCUCUUAUGGGUGUUUAUUUAUUUCCUCCAUCAACUCACUCUGCAGAGAGUCAAAGCAGGGAUGCCAUUCUCUAGGUGAUUAUCCCCAUGCUAAAUCCAUUCAUCUAUAGCUUGAGGAACAGAGACAUGAAGGAGGCCUUGUGUAAACUAUUUGGCAAUUGAAAAACAUUCCUCCCACCAUGACGGUGAUGCCUGGUCCUGGUAUCCUGAGCAACACUGCCCUCCAUCAUUUUGGUAAUUUCACCACUCUCAGACUGAUUUUUAAGGGAAGGUUAUCAGGUAACUCCGGGUUAGGGGCACAACAAAAAGGAGAUUCUCACUCAUUUAUUUGGCUUUAGAAUGAGAUGUUCUGUCUCAGGCUCUCUCUGGAUCUCAGUGCUAAGGGAAGGCAAGACACCAUUCAUCCUUCUCAUCUCUAAAACCAGAGUAUUAGCCAGAGUGAACUAAAGUAUAUGACAUACGCUCUGGAUUCAAGUACCCCUACUCUUGGGUACUAUGGCACAGGGUGAAGGUAUGAGAAUACAAACAUGUAUUGAGUAUUUACAAGGUUCCUCAUUGUUCUUCACAUCAGUUCUUUGAGGCAGGGUUGU